AUGGAGAAGAACGACAAGGAUCUGAAAAUCAGGUGUGUAUACAACGGCUCCGCGAAGAUGAAGGGAAGCUUAUGUCUCAAUGAAGCCUUGUAUCGCGGACCAGUCCUCCUACCUGACCUCGUUGAUAUCCUCAUCUGCACUGGAUUAUGUGAAAUCCUAAUUUCAAGUGACAUAGAGAAGGCUUUCUUUAUGGUCGUCUAA